CGGCGCCGCGCGCCGGGCGGAAGUGCGACGGUGGCGGCGGGACGGAGCUCGGGGGCCAUGGAGGAGCCCGGCCCCGGCCCCGGCCCCGGUCCGGCCGUAGAGAGCCAGGCGGAGCCGAACCCCCCGGGGCUGGAAGGGAAGCCCCAUCGUGGUGCCUACACCGCCUUCAUGAAGUCCCACCGCUGUUACGACCUGAUCCCCACCAGCUCCAAGCUGGUUGUGUUUGACACAUCCCUGCAGGUGAAGAAGGCGUUCUUUGCUCUGGUCACCAAUGGUGUGCGGGCAGCCCCGCUCUGGGACAGCAAGAAGCAAAGCUUCGUGGGUGAGCCAGAGGGAUGGGGGGUCCUGGGGAGGGGGGACGGGGCUGCUGGGACCCCCUUCACUCUGUCCAUACCCCCAGGCAUGCUGACCAUCACCGACUUCAUCAACAUCCUGCACCGCUACUACAAGUCGCCCAUGGUGCAGAUUUAUGAGCUGGAGGAGCACAAAAUAGAGACAUGGAGAGAGGUUUACCUACAGGACUCCUUCAAGCCCCUGGUCUGCAUCUCCCCCAACGCCAGCCUCUUUGACGCCGUCUCCUCCCUGAUCCGGAACAAGAUCCACCGCUUGCCCGUCAUCGACCCCGACUCGGGGAACACCCUCUACAUCCUGACCCACAAACGCAUCCUCAAGUUCCUCAAGCUCUUUAUAGCAGAGGUCCCAAAGCCAGAGUUCAUGGGCAAGACGCUGGAGGAGCUGCGGAUCGGCACCUACAGCAACAUCGCCGUGGUGCGCACCAGCACCCCCAUCUACGUGGCUCUGGGCAUCUUCGUGCAGCACCGUGUCUCGGCUCUGCCCGUUGUCGAUGACUCGGGGCGGGUGGUCGAUAUCUACUCCAAAUUCGACGUUAUCAACUUGGCAGCUGAGAAGACCUACAACAACCUGGACGUGACGGUGACGCGGGCGCUGCAGCACCGCUCCCACUACUUCGAGGGCGUCCUCAAGUGUUACAAGAACGAGACGCUGGAAACCAUCAUCAACCGCCUGGUAGAGGCCGAGGUUCACCGGCUGGUGGUGGUGGACGAGAGCGACGUGGUCAAAGGCAUCAUCUCUCUCUCGGACAUCCUGCAGGCCCUGGUCCUCCCGCAGGGUCCCUGAGGCAGGGGGGAUUCAGCUCCUCCUGAUGUCCCCCCUCCUCUCCCACCACGCCAUGUCCCCCCGGGCUGGGGAUGAUGCCUGGGUUGGGGACCCCACUCACCAGCAGCAUCCAGCAAUAACCCCCUGCCCUGGGGCAGCCCCAGCAGCUUCCUGGCUCUCCCCCCGUGCCCUGAAGCCAGGCUGGGGGUCCUGGGGCUGCCCCCAACCCCCUCCCUGGAGGGACUGGGCCGGUGCCACUCCCUGUGCAGCCCCUUGUCACCCCUCACUUCCCCUACAUGAAGUUUCACUGAGUUUGGUUUUAGUCGCCUUUCUCUCAGCUCCAUCUGGCCUGGGACUGUUCCCCUUCACUCUCCCCGGGCCCGGCAGCCCACCCCGGGCCCUGCACACCCCCUCUCCCAGGCCCUGCACUCCCCACGGUGUCUGCAGCCCCACUACUUCGUGUUUGGAGAAGAACCACGAAUAAACACAGACCUGACACGAA